GGAGCAGAUCUCCAGUGCAGACCUAGUGGAUCUCUGUGGAUACAAGAUCACAGGGCGCAGCGGCCAUGGAAGAACUUACGGCUUUUGUAUCUAAGUCCUUUGACCAAAAGAGCAAGGAUGGCAGCAGUGGUGGCAGCAGCAAGAAGGAGACCAUUACAUACAGGGAAGUUCUGGAGACAGGCUUAGCUCGGGCCAGGGAGCUGGGCAACUCUGAUGGCAACCUCCAGGACAUUACAGACACGGGCAACCACUGCUCCCUGCACCUCUACAAGGAGCACCCAGACAUGGACAAGGACAAGCUGAAGGACUACAACCCCAGCAGGAUAUCCGAGGGAAUCUACGAGUGUAAGGACAAGAGAGAAGACGUGAAAUCAGAGGACGAGGAUGGGCAGACCAAGCUGAAGCAGAGGAGAAGCAGGACCAACUUUACCUUAGAGCAGUUAAAUGAACUGGAAAGACUUUUCGAUGAGACUCACUAUCCUGAUGCGUUUAUGAGAGAAGAGCUCAGUCAGAGACUAGGACUCUCUGAAGCCAGGGUUCAGGUAUGGUUUCAGAACCGAAGAGCAAAAUGUAGAAAACAAGAAAAUCAAAUGCAUAAAGGUGGGUAUGGAGUCAUUCUGGGGACAGCAAGUCAUUUAGAAACAUGUAGAGUUGCACCAUACGUGAAUAUGGGAGCACUGAGGAUGCCUUUCCAGCAGGUCCAAGCUCAGUUACAGUUGGAAGGAGUAGCACAUGCACAUCCUCAUCUUCACCCGCACUUGGCUGCUCAUGCACCUUAUCUCAUGUUUCCUCCUCCUCACUUUGGACUUCCUAUUGCAUCACUGGCAGAAACUGCAUCUGCCGCAGCUGUGGUUGCAGCUGCUGCUAAAAGCAACAGCAAAAACUCUAGUAUUGCUGACUUGCGACUCAAAGCCAGAAAACAUGCAGAGGCUUUGGGACUCUGACAUUUUUAGUCAUUGGUUGAAUUGAAAACUGACUUUGUUUCUCUUUUUCUGCCAUUUUAUGACUCUACAGACACCAAAUGUGUUGGUAAAUGCUUUGCAAGUGUAAAAAAAAAUAAUGAUGGGCCUGUACCUGCUUCUCUUGAAGAACAUCAAGGAGUGUGGAGGAUUUUUUAAAAUCAAAUAUGCCAUUCGGUUUAAUUCAUCGCACAUCAUGAUUUUUUAUGAUGCUCGCAACCACAGAGAUUCUCAACCAGAAUGACGACAGGAGUAGUUAAGAACAUAGCCUUAUAUUAUUUGGACAAACAUGAUCACAUUUGAAGACAAAUGGAAGCUGAGAUUUUUUUAAUCCUUGAUAACAAAAUGAACUUGACAAUAUUGGCUGCUUUUAGUUUUUCUUCUGCAUGUUCCUGAGCAAAAAAAAUAAUAUCAAAACAAAAAAAUGGAAAACGUAUACAUAGAUCAAUAUAUUAUAAAUAUCAGAUCACUGGGGCUGGUCUCCAUAAUGCCAAUGCUAUUAUUUCACUGCCACAAGAAUCUUCCUUUGCAGAUACAGUUUCCCAAACCUAUAAUGGAGUUUUGGAUAUGAAAAAAAUAUGAUAUGUAUAGUAGUCCUCUCACCUUCUCACGAAAGCAGGCAGCAAUAACGUAUUUUUUUCCAAUGAUCAUAUGUUGGAAAGGAAUCAUAUAUGCUAAGUACACCAUAUAUUGGUGCAUUCAGUUUACUGAAAAAGAAACUGGUUUUGCUAUAGCAUACUUUUACCAUUACAUGACAUCAUGUUCUUUGUGCCAUUUACCUGUACUUAGUCAUCAUGUUAAAAUGCCAUAUAUUUGGAAAUCCCAUAGAUCUUAAUUUAUUGGAAAGAAGAAGAAGUUAGAACAAUGGUGUUCAGGAAAUAGUGAGACAGAAUGAAUUCUAGUUAAUGCAAUUAAGUGCAGUAAAGUGCAAUACUGUAAAUAUUAUAGAAAUAAAGAAUGACAUCUUCAGAUGUUGAUAAGUAAUUUUGCAUUCACCUAGGCCCAGCCUUUUGUGCUUCACUUGGGUGUUGCAGUUCAUUUGCCAAAUGAGUGAAUUCCAUGGGAAUGGAUUGAAUAAUAUUGUCUUCUUCCUUGUAUGAGGAAAACUACCAUGGUUUAGUCAAUGUGCCAUAUGAUGAUGAUUUCAGCUCAAAAGCUGACAUGGUAGUUGUUAUUUUUAUGUUUUUUUAAAUUAUGAAUUGAAUACAUCUUGGAAUAAUAGCCCAUUACUGGAAAAUACUGGUUGCAGUAAGCAUUGCAAGGUAUUGAUAAUGUUACAGAAAUACCAAAGUGUUUGCUUUUUAUCUUAUUUAAUGUAAAACGUGUCCAAAUAACUUUUCAACAUAUUGUUGUGAAUUGCAAAAACCCAACACUUUUAGCGAAUUAUGAGAAAAGAAAAGAAAAAAUAUGUCACCAUUUCUGUUUGACAUUUGUGUUCCAUACAUAUAAGACAGGCAAACCAUUUUGAUUCUUUGUAAAAAUGUAAGUGGAUGUUUUAUUUAUUUUUCUGUUUGAAAUUUUAUAAAUGUGUAAUAUUUUAAUUAUGUUGAGUAUACAUUUUAAUAUGCUUUGCAUUUAUUUUUAUAUGUUGGAAACCCAUUGCUUUUGCCAUAGGUUUCAGGCAAUUAGCCAAAUCUGAAACACAUUUUUGUCAUUCUUUAUGCCCAUAGAAAUGUAGUCCGUUUGAUUCUUGCUGGAGACAUUGCCAAGUAGGAUUGAUCAUCUGAUGAAUUAAUCUGAUUGAUUUAAUAAGAUGCAUACAUUAUGCCAAAUGUCCAGGGGCAUAAUGUCACCUAAUAGAAUACAUUGGGCUGCAUACUUAUUGUAUGUCUGAAUGAACAGACAUUUCAGGGAUACUAGAAUAAUAGCCUAUUUAUAGCAAACUGAUUUUAAAAUCUGUCAUUUUGCAUCCUUGAACAUUUUUUUCUUUCAAGCCAGCAUGCUUCAGCACAGAUUCACUAAAAACAUGUUACAUUGAGUUUCAGAGUUUAUUGG